UUCUGAGCAAUCCUCAUCUUCAAUCUUCUCUAAGCAAUAAGCAUCGUCCAUAAUCCAAUGGAGGGUUCGGGCGUAGUCACCGUGUACGGCAACGGCGCCAUAGCCGAGACCACCAAGAAAUCCACCUUCUCCGUCAAAGUGGGCCUCGCCCAGAUGCUCCGUGGCGGCGUCAUCAUGGACGUCGUCAACGCCGAGCAGGCCCGCAUCGCCGAGGAAGCCGGCGCGUGUGCCGUCAUGGCCCUGGAGCGCGUCCCCGCUGACAUCCGCGCCCAGGGCGGCGUCGCCCGCAUGAGCGACCCUCAGCUCAUCAAGGAGAUCAAGAACGCCGUCACCAUCCCGGUCAUGGCCAAGGCCCGGAUCGGCCACUUCGUCGAGGCCCAGAUCCUGGAGGCGCUCGGCAUCGACUACGUGGACGAGAGCGAGGUCCUCACCGUCGCCGACGAGGACAACCACAUCAACAAGCACAACUUCCGGGUACCCUUCGUCUGCGGCUGCCGGAACCUCGGGGAGGCGCUGCGGCGGAUCCGCGAGGGGGCGGCGAUGAUCAGGACCAAGGGCGAGGCCGGGACGGGGAACGUCGUGGAGGCGGUGAGGCACGUGAGGUCGGUGAUGGGGGACAUAAGGGUGCUGCGCAACAUGGACGACGACGAGGUGUUCGCGUUCGCGAAGAAAAUCGCUGCGCCGUACGACCUGGUGAUGCAGACCAAGCAGCUGGGGAGGCUGCCGGUGGUGCAGUUCGCGGCUGGAGGAGUGGCGACGCCGGCGGACGCGGCGCUGAUGAUGCAGCUGGGGUGCGACGGGGUGUUCGUGGGGUCGGGGGUUUUCAAGAGCGGCGACCCGGCCAAGAGGGCGAAGGCGAUCGUGCAGGCGGUGACGCACUACACCGACCCGGAGUUGCUGGGGGAGGUGAGCUGUGGGUUGGGGGAGGCCAUGGUUGGCAUCAAUUUGAACGAUGAGAAGGUCGAGAGGUACGCCAAUCGAUCGGACUGAGAAUGAAUUAGCAUUUUAGCGCUUUUGCAUUUUGUCCAUUCCAGUAAUUGUCUAGAUUUCGGAGCCUGGAUUGUGGUGUUAUAGUCACUUUUCUGAUACAUUGCCAUUGAUAAUGUACGACAAAAUUUGUUCCUCGGCA